AUGGCUGGUCAGUCUGAGCCUGCUCCUCUGUCCAUCUCCUUCGCUGCAUCAGGGUUCCAAGCCACUUACCAGUUGGGUGUGGCCCAGAGCAUGUUGGACCUGGCCCCGUUGGUGCUACAAGCAGCCCCUAAGGUAAUGGGGGCCUCGGCCGGGUCCCUGGUAGCUGCUGCUUUGGUCUGUGGAUCCAGUCUAGACAUGGUGCGUAAUGAGAUGCUGAGGUUUGUCCUGCAGAGUAGGGGGCCACUGCACCUGGCGAGGAACGUGUUUGUGUGGAUAGAAGGUCUGUUGCGGCGCUCACUACCAGACGACGCCCACAUCCGGGCCAGUGGACGCCUCGCCGUCGUCAUGACACGCAUCCCAGAUGGACAGAAUACUGUGGUGUCAGAGUUCACAUCCCGAGAGGACGUUGUGCAGGCGCUGUUGUGCAGCUGCUUUAUCCCUGGGUACCAUGGUAUACAGCCACCGUCUUACAAAGGAGUGUAUUAUGUGGACGGUGGUAUGUCCAGUAUCCAGCCAACCCACUCCUCUCCCUAUGCACACACCCUCACUGUGUCGCCAUUCGCUGGAGAGGCGGACAUCUGUCCACCAGACCCUGGCUCCAUGUACGUCAUCGUCAUGAGCGGCAUGCCCCUCAACUGCAGUGUGGCCAACGGUUACCGGAUCCUUGAAGCCCUCUACCCCUACAACUUGGAGGCUUUGGACAAGGCCUACCACAGUGGAUACAGUGAUGGCCUUCACUUUCUACAAACCAGUGACCUGGUCCCAUGUCUGCCUCUUCUGAACACUCCAUCAGAGCAUCAGUCCUUUCCUCCUGACGGAUGGACAGAUCUGGAAACAGACUGGGAGGAGGAGAAGGAGGAGGAGGAGGAGGAAGAGGAGUGGUCCUCCCUGACAGAGACCAGAGGCGAUCAGAGAAAUUACUCUCUUGAAGGGGGAGAUCUACCCUGGAAUCUGGCAAACCCAGAGCUGGCCAUGUAUCUAGCCUUGUCCACCUGGAUACACACAGCGUUGCUAUGCAACAUCAUGGGGUUCCUGUGGACCCACACCCCAAUGCGUGUGAUGUCAUACAUGCUCCUCCCCUUCACUCUGCUACUCAGCUUCCUCCUUGGAAACGUGCAUAGGCUGGUUGUAUUAGGGUUCUGGAUGUGGCAGGACCUACGACAGAUCACCUUCUUUAUCAUCAACACCCUGGUCUCCAGCUUCCACAUAAACCUAGAAGACAGCUUGUAUGUCAUCACCUUGAAUGUCAUCAGCUUGUAUGUCAUUAAAAUGCCUCCACAGAAACCUACAAGACAGAUAGACAGACAGACCUGGACUACAGGAAAGGGAACCUCCUCCUCUCCUCUCCUCCUGCGGCUCCUGCUGCUGUUGCUGUUGCUGCUGAUGAUGAUGAUGAUUGUCACACCCUGA